AACGUGGAAAUAUGAAGUCUUUCACGCGGUUUAGACUUUAAUGCUCUCACUAUAUGAGAUAUUUUUCCUUUUUAAAAGUCUUCCCAACGAAUUAUUAUAUAUAUCAAUAGAAAAAUAGAGAAAAUAAGAGUGAGUAUUUUAUGCCCAACGAAAAACAAGCUGAUUAAUUAACAAGAAAUUAUGAAUCUAAGUGUGCGGCAAUGUUUUCCAGUCAGGAGGCCGUGGUCAUUGGUGAAGUGUUUGAUGUGGGCGUUAGUAAUUUUUGUGCAAAUCCAUGAGCACAAAGGUUGCUUGGAGGAAGAGAGAAUUGGUUUGUUACGACUGAAGGCGUUUCUAAAAUCCCAUUAUCACAUUGGCCAUCGUCUUCCGUCCUGGAUUGAAGAUGCAGAUCAAAUGAGUAGUGACUGCUGUGGUUGGGAGCGAGUCUCAUGCAACUCCACCACGGGUCAUGUCAUUGAACUCUCGCUCCAUGAUAUGAAGCAACAGUACUUUCUUGAAACAAAUGGUUUCUUCUAUUCAAAAGCCACAAUUCGCGAGGAGAAUAUUUGGUUGCUAAAUGUUUCCCUAUUUCAGCCUUUCAAGAAGCUAACAAGUCUUGAUAUGUCCUGCAAUGAAAUUGGUGGUUGCAUAGCUAAUGAAGGUUUUGAAAGGUUAGCUGUAUUGAGAAGGUUGGAGGUAUUGAACCUCGGUUAUAAUUUCUUUGAAGAUAGCAUUUUACCAUCCCUAACUCAACUUUCAUCCCUUACCGCAUUGGUUCUAGCGCGUAAUUAUCAUUUGGGAAAUUGGACAACAGCUGCAGGUUCUAAAAGCUUGUCAAGGUUAGACAACCUGGAGACAUUAGACAUUAGUUGGACUAAUUUCGGCUGGAGCGCCAUAUCGUCGUUGAGUACUGCAGUCAAAUCAUCGUCCCUUAGGAAUCUGAAUCUUGCUAGACUUGGGAUGAGAGGACCUUUACCUGCCCAAGAAUUAUCGGUGUUUGAAAACUUGGAGAGGUUGGAUUUAAGUUGGAACUUUCUCACGGAAGGCUUAACACCCAAAGAAUUCCAUGGUUUGUCUAAACUGAGCAAGCUAAAGCACUUAGAUUUAAGUUGGAAUUAUUUCGGGAAUCAAAUUUUAAGAGUUUUGGGCACCCAGCUCCCAGCCCUCAAGUCUUUGGACCUAAGUCACAACUACAUGGAAGGGCCUCUUUCUAUCAAAGAAUUCCAUGGUUUGUCUAAACUGAGCAAGUUAAAGCAUUUAGAUUUAAGUUGGAAUAAAUUCGGGAAUCAAAUUUUAAGAGUUUUGGGCGCCCUCCCAGCCCUCAAGUCUUUGGACCUAAGUGACAACUACAUGGAAGGGCCUCUUUCUAUCAAAGAUUUGGCAAAUUUAAGUAGGCUGGAGAUUUUAGAUAUGGGUGGAAAUCGCUUGAAUGGGAGUAUUUCUCCAUAUAUUGAGGCAUUAUCUUCAGCGAAGGCUAUAUCGUUAUCCAACAAUUAUUUCAAUGGAGAUUUCCCUACUCAAGAUUUGUGCAGAAUGAAGAAACUUGAAGAGUUUGACAUUUCUCGCAAUGACUUUGAAGGUAUCCUACCUCGAUGCAUAAACAAUAUAUCAUCACUACGAGUGUUGGAUAUAUCUAGUAACCGUUUCAUUGGAAACUUGUCUUCAUCUCUAGUAGCCAGCUUGAAUCCCACAGCUAUUGAGUAUAUUGAUCUUAGUCAUAAUCUUUUUGAGGGUCUGUUCUCAUUCAGCUUAUUUGCUAAUCAUUCCAAGCUUAAGGUGGUUCGAUUUAUGAAUGACAACAACAAACUUGUGAUUGAAACUGAAAAUCCAGUGGGUUGGAUCCCAUUAUUUCAGUUAACGACCCUAGUAUUGCAAAAUUGUAAUCUGAACAAGCUAACUGGAAAUAUCCCCAAGUUUCUCUUUGAUCAGCAUAGAUUGGAAGAAGUUGAUUUCUCUCACAACAAGUUGAAAGGAAGCUUCCCCUUUUGGUUGCUGGAAAACAAUACAAGGCUACAACUGCUAAAUCUUAGAAAUAAUUCUUUUGAGGGUCAAUUUUAUUUACAACCAGAGCACCAUAUUUAUAUUUCUUGGAUGGAUGUCUCAGGAAAUCACUUAGGUGGGCGACUUAAAGAAAAUAUUGGAAAGAUAAUGCCAUAUUUAUAUGGUCUAAAUAUUUCCCAAAAUCAUUUUGAAGGUGAUCUUCCAUCCUCAAUUGGUGACAUGAGUUAUUUGGAAUUAUUGGAUUUGUCUUUUAAUAGAUUCUCGGGGAAGGUGCCAACUGAAUUGGUUUCCAAAUGUACCAACUUGAUUAUUUUGAAUUUAAACAGUAAUAGCUUUCAGGGUGAAAUCUUCUCAAAGCAUUUCAAGUUGUCAAGCUUAUCAGUUCUUCAAUUGAACAACAAUCAGUUCACAGGUACUCUGUCUAGCAUAUUAUCAACUCUUGGACGCAUGUAUCUGUUUGAUAUUGGAAACAACAACAUGUCUGGUACAAUUCCCAGUUGGAUAAGAAACAUAACAGAGCCUGAGGGAGUUCUUGUCAUGAGUAAUAAUUUUUUUGAGGGUCACAUUCCAUGUGGAAUAGAUUCAACAUUUUUAAUAGAUCUUUCUCAUAACUCACUUUCGGGACCUUUACCUUCUUGCUUCAAUGCACAGUCUAUUAUACUUUUGCAAGGGAACAAGCUUACAGGAUCUAUACCAAAAGCUCUUUUUAACUCAUCUUCUCUUUUGAUAUUGGACGUUAGAGAAAACAACCUUUCCGGCACCCUUCCUGUUGAAAUCAGUACAUUUUCUGAUUUAAGAAUACUUUUGUUGGGAGGCAACAAUUUUAGUGGUAUGAUUCCAAACCAAGUAUGUUUGCUAAAGAAAAUAGGCAUAAUGGAUCUUUCAAGGAACUCCUUUUCUGGGACAAUACCGCAUUGUUUUCACAAUAUUACCUUUGGGAAGAUAAAUGCUACUGAUCUUGCCUUUUCCAAAAGUUAUGUUAAUUUUUGGCAAUUUUACGUGGGAGAAACUUCAUCAUAUGCAGGUCUUCUAGUGAGAUCACAUGAUUCGAAUUAUUUCUAUAUAGAUAUGCCAUUGGAUAUUCUAGUUGAGGUUGAGUUUGUAACGAAGUAUAGGUCUAGCUCCUACAAGGGCGGCAUCCUUGAUUACAUGUCCGGAUUAGAUUUGUCAUGCAACAAACUAACAGGUGGAAUCCCAGUGGAACUAGAACAAUUAUCUUCAAUUCAUUCACUAAACUUGUCUCACAAUCAAUUGACAGGUUCGAUUCCGGAGAGGUUUUCCAGUUUGGCGUGGAUAGAAAGCUUGGACCUUUCUCACAAUAGUUUGAGUGGAGAAAUUCCCUCGACAUUGAUUGAUUUGAAUUUUAUGGGAAUAUUCAACGUUGCAUACAAUAAUUUAUCUGGUAAAGUUCCUGAUAUGAAAAAUCAAUUUGGAACUUUUGAGAAGAGCAGCUAUGAAGGAAAUCCAUUUCUUUGCGGACCACCAUUGGAGAAUGGUUGUAGUACCAUAGCAGAAAAGUUAAAUCCAAAAGCAAGCGAGAGGAAAUGGUAUGAGGUAGAUCCUACAGUCUUUUUUGCAAGCUUCUCAGUAUCUUACAUUAUUUUCUUUUCAGUGGUAGCUAGUAUCCUUUAUAUAAAUCCUUAUUGGAGGCAAAUGUGCUUCAAUUUGAUUGAGGAUAUCAUGUACUGGAGCUAUUUUACAGUUUUGACACCCCUAAAAAGGUUGUCAAAUCGACUAUGUCGACAUUAGAUUAUUGAUAUCUCUAGUUCAAAUGGACAUCUUAAUUUAAAGGUAGUGAUGAUAUAUGGUUAGUCGUGUACAUGCAUAUGUAUUAAAUAUUGAUUAUCAAUAUUGGUGGUUGUGCUCUAAUAUUAUGAAUCAAGGAACUCACUUCCCCUCUUUCA